CAGAGAUGCCGAGGUAAUAUCGCGCCACACGCGGCACGAUGACUACUUCUAAGCACCGGGGAGUGAGGAUCCAUGAAUCGUGCCUGACACAUCUUGCUGAUCAGCUUAAACCGUAACACUCGAUGACACACGGCGAGCCAUGUCUGACCAUGUACAAGAUUCCGGCAAGCUUCAGCCACAGGAUGCCAGCAGUUUCGUCUACCCGUGGGCAGCCGCGCCAGAUAUUAUCCGCUCAAACCAAAAGGACGCCUACUUCCAGUCGGUCCUACUGACGCAGCUAUCUGGAAUCAUUAGGUCAUUAUACGGUGCUCGCACAGCGCACAACUGGACGAGUGAGGCGCGCACUCUCACCGAGCUCCUAUAUCUAGGCUUGACAACCUUUGUCGGCAAUCGUACGCUUGGAGAGGAAUACUGUGAUGUCCUGCAGGUGGAAGGCGAUACCCACGGCCUCCCUUCGAUUGCUAGACGUUCCGGUUACAUCCUCUCCAGCGUUUUGGUACCGUAUUCGCUCACACGCUCCCUGCCCGUCAUUCGACGAACACUGAGGGCAAAGCUGGAGUCUUCGAUGCGGAAGCUCCAUCAUCGACGAGCAUCCUCCCCAACUAGGAGCAAGCGGCCUCCAAGUCAAUGGUUUCAAGUCCAGGAGUAUCUAUUGAAGCAUCUGGACAGCAUCACUUCACCAGCACCCGUCUACGCUGCAAGUCUUGCCGUGUUCUACUUUAGUGGAGCGUACUAUCAGCUCAGCAAACGCAUCUUUGGUCUUCGCUAUAUCUUUACCCGCAAGCUAGAAGCCAGCGAACAACGUGUCGGCUAUGAGGUCCUAGGCGUGCUGCUUGUUUUGCAAAUGAUUGUGCAAGGGUACCUCCACAUGCACGAGACAUAUCUCCAGAGUCAAGCGAUCAAUGUACCAUCCAACAACCCCGCUGUAGCCGGAGGCAGCGCUGUGAUUGACGGCGGUGUUGAGAUUGCUACGGACGCCGCCAUUACCGCGCCACUACUGUUCGAGGCCCCAGCAGGCGCCGAUCCUGCUGUGCAGAGGGAACGUAUCUCUAGGAUCACGCACACUCCGCUUUCGCAAUGUCACCGUUACGAUUUGAAGGAUGCUGAGGUCAUGGGUUGGAUCGACGGGGUGCAGCAGCGGAACUGUACGCUUUGCCUGGAGCCGAUGAAAGACCCUUCGGCCACUACCUGCGGACACGUCUUUUGCUGGCAGUGCGUGACCGACUGGUUGAGAGAACAACCCAUGUGCCCUUUAUGUAGGCAAAGCGCACUUGUGCAGCAUGUACUGCCUCUACGUGGCUAACUACUGAACAAAGAAUCGUGACAACAAGUAAAGGCGAACUUACAGAGAUCACUUCCUU